GCCUUUGCGCGCUAGGUUAGGUUGUUUGAAAGCGAAGCAUUCGAAGAAUAAGGUGAAUCUCCUGAUAAAAAACAUCGUUUAUUCGUUCCUUUCGCGCGAUUUAUUGAACUCUACUGAUUCUGACUGAGAAUAUUUGUCAACAAAGUUAUCGCGCUAACACUUCGUGGAGACAAACCCCCUGGCGUCUAUCGGUCACUAAUCUGUGUAUGUAAAAAAAAUUGCGGAUUUGUUCUUGAUAAAGUAGCUCACGAGCUUUGAAACGUGGAUGACUACGAAAGUUCAAACUAGUUUUAUUUUUAGGCUAAAAAUAAACUGUCAAGUGCUCCUGAAUAAAAAGUAAAUAAUGGUGAGUGCUAUUUUAGCGUAUCCGGCGAGUUUCACUCGAAAGAAGUAGUCUAAUCCAUCGCCGACUAAUUAAAGGCAAAGCAAUCCCAUUUUUACAAUCAUUCUAUACUAUACAAUUUUAAUUUAAGUGAAAACCCACCAAAAAGCUCUUCUCCACGAGGGAGAAUAUUUUGCGCAGAGCGAAAAAAUGAACUGGCUUUCGCGUGUCAUACUACGGCGCAAAAAAAUAGAAAUUAGUUUCACUUUUGCUUGAAGUUUUUCUGCCUAGUGUAGAUUAACCUUUAAGUAGAGUGCUCCAAGCCGUCUCAAAUAGAAAAGGGGGAACAAAUCUGGCUACCGCCGCUUAUAAAAAAUAAAUGGUACGUUGUCCCUCUUUUGCAAAGUAUUAACACCGCAUUCGACAAUGACUAUUCAUCCAACCUAAAAAUCCCUUGGCACGAGGUUGAUGCAGCUCGAAAUUCUCGAAAAUUAUUCAUUUCAGCCGAAAAUUGAGUCAAAAUUACAGAAGAAGAGAAAGGAGAAGCAGAUCCAUCCUAACUCAAGAAAAGCAGCACAGCUUUCAAAAGAACUACAUAAACUCGAUAGGCGGCAAAAACGCAAGAAUGAGCAUGAUACUAAAUCUUCUGCGCUGAGAGAUAAGAUAUUUUGGUUUAAAAGUCAACUUAGCGAAGACAAGGACAGAUUUUCUCUUGUUGAAGUAUCAAAUCUUAUAUCAAGAUACAUUAACCGUUUUGAAGACAGAUUGGACGAAAUUAAAAAACAAAACGAGUUGAACAAAGAACAGAAAAGACAUGGCCACGCACAUGCGUCAGAAGAAAACGCCAUUAAAAUGGUCUUCGAAAAGGAGCAUGGUUUGUUUGUUGCUGGACAUUUUGAAGCUCCUGAUUUAACAAAUCGCAAGAAUGUGAAAUUUCUACGUAAUUGGGAUGGCGACGUGAAGGAUCUACCUAACAUAAAACUAAAGAACUUUAAAGAACAAGAACUCAUCUGUGUUGGUAUGGAUGUUGAAGAGGGGGAAAACGUGGAAGAAGUGGAAAAUGAUGAAUAGAUGAAAUAACAUUCCUUUCGUAGUGUUUUGAACGAUUUUAUAAAAAAAGUUUACAUUCCAGUGCUCAACAUAACUUCUCAAGUGACUAUACUAGAAUUGUUCUAGAAAUUCGAAUGAUUAUUAAAUUGUCGGGGAGAAAUUUAGGCAUGUUUUAACCUUUUUGGACAUAUGUGUCAAUAUGUAUGUUUUUUUCAACUUCACGUAAAAAACCUUAGCGAACAAAAUUUUGAUAUUUUUUGAUAUUUAUGAAUGUGCACAAAUACAAU